AUGGAGGAAGCAAAAGUCUCGGACCAAAAAGUUCCUGAUAUUGCUCUCGCGCCCCUCGAGUCUGGCCGUGAGGCCGAGGAGGCCAGCACGGGGCCAGAAGACGAUCAGGCAGCUUCCGAUGCUCCGCCCGUUGAUUCUGGCACAGGAGAAAUAAUCCUGCAGCUUACCGAUCUUGACAACGGUAUCGUUGGCUGGGAUAGUCAGCAUGAUCCUUCAAUGCCGUUGAACUUCUCAAAUGCCCACAAGUGGACUCUCAUCGCUCAAAUCGCCGCCAUUACAUUAAUUUCACCAUUGGCUACCACAAUCGUGGCCCCGGCUGCCUCAUACAUUGAUGCCGAUCUCCACAAUUCUAGUUCCAUCUUGUCCAGCUUCGUGACGUCUGUUUAUCUUCUCGGCUAUGUUGUCGGACCCCUUCUUCUAGGCCCCGCAAGCGAAAUUUGGGGACGACGUCCGGUCAUGUCGAUUUCCAAUUGGUCCUUCGUGGUCUGGCAAAUCGGCUGCGCCCAGGCUCCUAGCAUUGGCGCUCUAAUUGCCUUUCGAUUCUUGGCAGGUAUCGGCGGGGCAGGUUGUAUGACCCUUAACGGUGGGGUGGUGGCAGAUCUGUUUAUCCCCGAAAAACGCGGCGGUGCCAACGCCAUCGCGGUCUUGGGGGUAAUCUUCGGCCCCGUGCUAGGCCCCAUCUGUGGAGGUUUCAUUGCGCAACGGGCGGGCUGGAGAUGGGUUUUCUGGAUCCUCUGCUGCGCUGGCGGGGUGUUCAGUGUCGCGAUCGAGAUCUUCAAUCGUGAGAGCUACGCCCCAGUGUUGAUGGCUCGUAAGACGGCCCGACUAGCUAAGGAGCUGAACCGGAGUGACUUGAGAUCUUGCUACGACAAGACUUACGAUGUCAACAGCCCACCGCCAUCCUCUUGGCAGAAGAUGAAGCAUGAUCUGACGCGACCGCUGCGUAUGCUCUUCCUCUCGCGCGUCGUUGCUAUCUUCUCCAGCUACAUGGCCUUGAUCUAUGGAUUGUUUUACCUGCUUCUCACCACCAUCACCACUGUCUACAGCGACACAUAUCACUGGUCGCCUGAAAUCACGGGGUUGGCAUACUUGGGCCCCAGUCUUGGAUUCCUGGCUGGCCUUAUGAUCAUUGCCUCGACUAGUGAUAAGCUGAUUGUCAAGCUGACGGAAAAGAAUAAAGGUGUCUACGAGCCCGAGAUGCGGCUUCCUUUUAUGGUAUUGUUUGGCAUCUUGAUCCCCAUUGCCCUCUUCUGGUACGGGUGGGCAGCCGACAAGGCUGUAUUUUGGAUUGUUCCCAUUAUCGGCCUGGUCCCAUUCGGAUUUGGCAUGCUGGGUAUCUUUUUCGCCAUCCAGAUGUACAUGAUCGAUGCAUUCCCCCGGUAUGCAGCCUCCGCAAUGGCAGCCAUCACGGUUUCCAGAUCACUUCUCGGGGCUCUGCUCCCGCUCGUGGGGCCCCCUUUGUAUAAUCGUCUUGGUCUGGGUUGGGGAAAUUCUCUGCUUGGUUUUAUCGCACUUGCCAUGAUCCCGGCCCCGUACUAUCUCUGGAAGUAUGGUCGGUCUAUCAGGAUAAAUCAUCCCAUUGAACUGUGA